AUGGCUUCAAUAACUUCAACGCCGAUCAGCUCUCGGUCGCACUCUAAACCAGCAUCGAGACCUCCACGAGGUCGAAAUGGACGUAACUCGUCUCCCGCCCCUCCAUCCUCGCCGCCAGGGUUGCCCACGCCCGCAUUCUCACCCGAUGGACCUAGCGACAUGGAUGAUGACCUCCCGGAAGAUGACAGCCUCUCGCCGUUUGAUGCUCGCAGAAUCACACCAACUCUUCAUGCCUCCCUUGUAUCGGAAAUUCUCAAUCUUCGCCGGGAAGUCGACAGCAAAACCAAAGCGAUCGAUAUCCUGGAGCAAAGUCUACAUGAAUCGAGGACCGAAAGCGAAACGUUGGGCGAGAACUUGUCGAAAGCGAGUCGUGAGACUCGCUCCCUCAAGCACCAGAUCCAACUGCUGGAGGGAGGCACCUCGUCAGCGAUGUCGGAGCUGGCUCGGGAGCGGGAUGAAGCAAUGGAGAACAUGAACGACGUCCGCAAGAAGCUUGAACAGACGCAAAAACGAGCACGAAAUCAUGAGCAAGAAGCUGAACGGACGCAAAUGCUCUGGGAUCGAGAUCGCGAAACAUGGGAAAAUGAGCGUCGCAAUUUGGAACGCAAGGUUCACGUGGUGGAAGGCCGAUUGAAAACUGUGCUGGGCGAGUUUGCGGCCGUGCAGGAGGUGCAAACAAACGCUUCGCGAACAGAAAACCACGAGGAUGCUACCAAGGACAAGACAAAAAAUAGCGACACCGCAAGCGUGACAUCAAGCAGUCAAGGACGACGCCGCACUAGCAUGACGAGCAUCACGACAGAUGAAGGAGAUGCUGUCCCCUACACUCCCACCCGGUAUUCUGUGAUGAGCAAGGGAGAUUCAGGGUUGAACUUGGCACAAGAACUUGCAUUUGACGAGGACGAUGACAAUUUCGUUCCUUCCGAGGAUGAAUACGUUCCUAGCUCUCCUGAAACGCUCCCAGAAGAGCGGCCUCUAUCAGUCCAUUCUACCGCAUCGCACGACAUCUCCUUUAAAGCAAGAAAGAUUCUCGGUCUCUCAAUGCAGAGCAAUGCUUCUGUGCCUGCGGCCGAAUUGCGUGCGGCGGAAUCGACAGCUGUUUGGAAACCUGCAAACCCACCUCUGGAGUACCGAGAUAUGGGAAUUCAAUAUUCGCUGCCACCAUCUCCGAGGUCAUUGUCGACUGUUGGCGAGAACGAGCCUAUUGCAGUGGAAGAUUUGGUCUUGGACAGUAUGGUUGAUAACGACCUCGAGGGGGUGACAACGAGGGAUUCCUCAACACUGACAAUCAAAAUUGGCAUGGUUUCGAGUUCUUGCCAGACAAUAGGCGAUCUGCCCAGUCCGCCUUGGACACCAAACGUGCCAGAACCGUUGACAGAAACUGGGAUCGAGGCAAAGCCACAACGAGCCCAAAUGGCAUCGACGUCGACUCAGACAGACACUGCUCCAGAAGCUGAGCGAACUGACGUUUCGACACUCCCGUUGAGUAUUCAUGACUCUCCUUCGCAGAUGGCAAUUCCCAUGAUCGCAAUUCAUCCACCGGGCUCUGAGCCCCCGUCGCCUCGGAAUAGUGUGGUUCUCCCACCUCAGACGAAAAACGCCUCAGUGGAGGCAAGCUUCCGGUUCGUGAUCGACAGUCGUUCCGUGGCUAUACAGACGGAGGAAAUUCGUAUCGAUCAACGACCCGUCAAACUGCCCGCCAGCCUUUUGCCUUCUGCCAUACAAGAUGCGCCCGUCCAAUCCAGUAUUGAAGAGCCCCCCUUCGAGCCGUAUCGUGCACCUGUACCUCCUCCACGAUCUGCCAAGAGAGAAAAGCGAUCUUUCAACACCGAGCGUCCGGUCAAACCCCCGCGUGCGCAUUCUGACGACCUUGUGCAGGCUUAUCCGGGCAACAAUGACAAUGGUCCUCUUUCUAGUAGCCAGGAAGCAGCCGGCCUGCGAAGACCAUUCCGCUCCAGCAGUCUAUUCGCUGGAUUUGAACAACUGAGUGACGAGGACGAUCAUCACGGUCCAGAGCGGGAUGUAUUCACGGACGAUGAGCUCCUGAAUCGACCAUUCGCAUCGUACACGCUUCAUCGUGGAAAAAUGGUCGAUGUCAAAUCAGGGGCCACGAUUGCUGAGCAUGGUCUUCCGGAAAUUAACGAGCAAUCGUCAGAGCCCGAAUCGCGACCGUCCGAUGUGGGCCGUAGCUCGCGUCCUGUCAACCGAUCGAGCGCGAGCGCAGCAUCCUCCAUCCGUCAACCUCGUACACGAAGAGCACUUCCAAAUUCGCAAGGUCCAUCCAAUCACCAGAGAAGUCGAGCUCGUAGCCCAAGUGAGCCGAGCCUGGAGAACGGUAGCAUUGGGUCAAGCAAUGCACCGCCAUUCCCAGUACCUAUUCGGCUGAGCUCUCGGAAUGUUCCGACGACGAGUAGCGAAGCACCACCAAGCCCAUCUCGUUCCACGGGCCGACAAUUCUCAGACCGUGGCGGUCGUUCAACGAUCGCUCGCCGGCCGACCUUGCGUCGCGUUCGCUCGGCAGCAGCUAUGUCUAAUUCAGAUCUGCCUGAACGUCCCGAGACACGAUCAUCCCCCGCCCGCUCGGCAUCGUCCUUCAUGUUGGACAGUCCUACUUUCGACACUCCUCCCUUGCCGAUGGACGAGAUCACAGUACCUCGUAACCGGCCCAACGUCCGAAACCGGUCGUCUCAGCAGACAGCACCUUCCGUCACUGAGAGCUAUGAGCGACAAGGCUCGGUGGGCGCUGUGCAGCCUACGAGUGUAGUCGAUGCGAUUGCUCAGACCAUGGUUGGCGAGUGGAUGUACAAAUAUGUCCGUCGUCGGAAGUCCUUUGGCAUGGGUGACGGCAAAGAUAAUUGGGAAGGGAAGAACCCAGAUGAAGUCUCAGCGAACAUCACGAAUAGCGGUGUCCGGCACAAGAGAUGGGUAUGGUUGGCACCUUAUGAAGGUGCGAUCAUGUGGAGCAGCAAGCAACCUACAAGCGGCCCUGCUUUGCUGGGUAAGAACGGUCGUAAAUUUAAUAUCCAAUCAGUCCUUGAUGUCAAGGAUGACAAUCCAAUGCCCAAGGGCUCGACCAACGGCACCAGCCCUCCGCCUUUCAACCGCUCCAUUCUCGUCUUGACCCCUCAGCGUGCCCUCAAAUUUACCGCACUCACCGUUGAACGCCACUAUGUUUGGCUAACAGCUUUGUCUUUCCUCAGCCAUUCCUCUGUGGGACUUCAUGAUCUAGCCGCAUUCCCCCCGGCACCCCAAGAGGAAGCCACAGCGGGCCCGUCACAGGCUACUCUCCGACGCAACCCAAUCCGCGACUCUAUUCGAGUUGCCAAGGGUAAGCCACGACCUUUAGCCAAGGGCAAAAGAUCAUUCCCAAGCGCUCCGGUGCCAGAAUUGCCCGAUGUGGAAGAUCUUGACCUGGCGGCCGACGCGCCCCACGUACCUCGAUUCUCAAACCACAGCAGCCACCAUCACACACGAAAGCGCAGCAACACAGGUCCCCGCACCCCAGCACUUCAAGCGAUCCGCAGCUUCUCCAGUCAAGGCGCCAUCCCAGCUUCUCACAGCGGAAUCAUGAGUUCGCACGAUCCGCACUUCUUUCCCGCGGCUCCUCCAGCUCUCCCCGCAGGGAUUCGAAGCGGUCGUAGUAGCAUCAGUCGCACUUCUGAGGGCAGUGGACGCACUAGCCAUACGGCUACGAGUAAUAUGUUUGAUGUUGGAACUGUGCGGAUGGAGGCAUUCAUUGAUCCUCAUCUGGACCAAAUCAAUCGAACACGAGCCAUGCCCUCCAGCAGGCCGCGCCAUUCGCGCAAGACAUCAAGUCAAUGGAGUCCACCGGGUGCACCAUCUGUGGCUGAGAGCGAAUUUUCGUUCCGAUCAGAUCCAUUCCGAGGGUUCUAG